AUGCCCGGCAGGGUUUGUUCAAGUGGAAGUGGUAUUGUGCGAGUGAUUCGUCGUUUUUAUGCUGUAGCAUCACAGCAGCGCAUUGGCUUGAAGGCAACGAAUGCCUCAGAAUCAACACAGUGGGAUAUAUUCGCUGGUGUGGCAUUGAUAAGGCAGCCUCUGAUCGCACCGUCAAUGACAGAAGUCGAGAAAACUUAUGCAGAUGUAUUGCAACGUGUCGAGGAGGAAUCGUCAUUGAAGUGUGAUUUCGAACUAAAGCAAAUUAAGGACUCUAAGCUUCUUGCGAAACGAGCGCAGUUAGAAGCAGAAGGCAAAGAGUUGAGUGCUCUUGACGAGCAGAUUGGGGUGACGGCCGAAUCAUUACAGGAUGAUUGGUCUUGGAAAGCCGAAAUUUUGAAAAAACAGUUCGCGAUCGGUGACAUCAGUAAGGUAGAAGAAAAUGUGGAGACUUCGUUGAGGCGAAAACUAACCGAGAAGCUGUGUUUGAUUGUCAAACAAAAAUUCAACCGUAAGGACAACUAUUCUUCGCCGUGGAUUCUACCACAAAGCGCCAAUCGUACAGAUGAAAAUCUCAAGCAGACUGUGGAACGGUGUAUUAGUGACAUAACCGAAGGAACUGUUCAAGCCGUCGUGUUAGGUAAUGCACCAUUUUCAAUGUACACGUAUCGUUAUCCAUCGGGUUUGAGGCAAAACACUGAUAGUGAAUCUGUUGGAGCAAAAGUGUUCUUCUUCAAUGCGCUGAUAUCACCUCAGAGCCACUUCGAGGUGAAUACCAAAGAAAUCUGUGAAUACAAAUGGGUCACAGCUGAUGAGUUCGCCAAGUUUGUUGAAUCACGCCCCUAUCGAAACGCCUUGUCACCGUUGUUUCUGAGCUAG